UCUCAUCGAGAACCGUAUGAUUCCGCAUUAGUGAUAAAUAGCAUUUUUUUGUUAGAUUUUCACUGUAUUUUAAGACAGCAUCUUGACCACAUUGGUCAUCAGUGUUCUCACCACAGUCGCUGCAUAUCUACACAUAUCCAAAAUGAGUAGCAGCCAAAAGGUGAUCGAUACUGUGUCUGACGAAUUCGUCAGGAGAAUAGAGGUGAACGUUCUAAACUCAACCAACAAACGAUUCCAAAACAUUCAAAACACGAACACCAGCAAACGAAUACUACCAACUACGAUUUCUAAGAGACACUACGACGACGACGACGACACAACAGAAGAGAGUAAGUUCUGUGAUAAUUGUACACAUUCCUUUUGUUUUUGUAGAGAAUCAAUAAAGAACCAUCCAGUAAUGCAAAUGACGACGACGACAUCAGAUCACCAACAAGUGGAUCUGUAUUGCCACGAGAAAAUUCCCAAGUCGUAAAGAUGUCCAAGCGAGAUACAGGAUGGAUUGGUAAACAUAUAUACUCUAAAAAGGACUCUAAGAAGACAACCUGCUCAUUCUUCGUGGCACACGUCAUCGAGGUGACCAGAUGUGGUGUUUGUGGAAAAAUUAUAAAGGAGCAACCAGCGGCGCCGGCGGCUGCCUUGAACGUCGACUGGAGACCACAGAAUGCAUUUGUUAGAUAUUGUCCUGUGAGUUUCCAAGCAAGACCCGGCAUCCGAGAAUACAGAACAGACUGGUUACCAGGGCGAUGAUUGAAAAAAUGAAUAAAGACUGUUAAUAAGUUUA